AGUCUUGACAGACAUUACCCGCAGAUGCUGGUCACACAUUUGUUUGUUGUCAGAAAUAUAUCAGUUUAUUAGACGAUUCAAUUUGAUAUCAGUCAAAAUCAGACAUACCAUUGUUGUCUGAAUGUGAUACAAGGAAAAUCACUCGAAUGCGAUCAUCGCAACAAAAGAAAAACGCGUUCUUCGGUUACGUCACUAGGCCAUUUUGUAUUUGGUGAAAUCUUUGUUCGUGAACAGAGAAAAGUUGUAAGGUUUUUCGUAAACCUCGUGUUCUUUUUAGAGUGUUAUUAAAAAAUUAUCAAAAUUCCGGUGCCCACGAGAAACAGGGAUCCCGGCCACUACGGUAGCGGUGAUAUGAACAACAAGAGGAAAAAUCGAGGGGGCCCUGUCAGGACCCAGAGACCUUCAAGGUCAGUGGUAUCCGAUGGAGUAUACAACAAUGCUCAUUUUAUGCAUGCUUCUACUGGACAAAUUGGUAAUGUAGUUCGAAUCACUACAGCUUCUGGAGUCGUAUGGGAAGGUGUAUUUAAAACAUUCUCAAGUAGGUUUGACGUAGUAUUAGAGGUGGCAGCCAAAGUAGAAAACCCAGAUAGUCCUAACUCCCAGAUCAAUGUUGAUACCUACGUGGACAAGCUCAUAUUUAAGGCGUGUGAUAUUUUGACGAUGGUAGCCCAGGAUGUAGAUCUAGAAUACCCAAUUAGAGAUACUUUCCAAACGGAUACUGCCAUUUCCGCUAGACUUAACGGUAGUACUAAGUUAGAAGAGCGAGAGCUGGAACCAUGGGAUUCUUCAGGAAUGAAUGGUACAGACAUACAGCUAGAACUUGACCAAGCCAACGGCUGGGACGCUAAUGACAUGUUUAGAAAAAACGAACAAGAUUAUGGAGUUCAGAGUACCUUCGACCAGUCUUUAAGGGGGUACACGGUGCCUCUCCAAACAAGCGACAGCGCCGAUUACAAAGAAGCAGAAGCGAAAGCUAACAUGAUAGCGAGCGAAAUUGAAAAUCAGCCUCAGCAUAAAGCUAGGUUAGAAUUAGAAAACGGCGAUGAAGAGGCAGCUUUCGCCGCUGUUGUCAGGCCACACCAGGAUUCUAGUACCAACGGUAAAUAUAUUCCUCCAGCUAAACGGAAGAAUCAGAACAAUGGCAAAUUAGUAAGAAGUACUCCGCCUCCAAGCCAGAGUAACAGCAAUCAGAAUACUCCAUCACCGAAAGAAACUAGACCACCCAUGACUUAUCCCACUCUAGCAUCCCCGCAUCAAACGAAUGUACAUGUGCAACAAGUGCUCCCUCAACAUCAGCCACCACCCCAUAUGCACAAUGCUACAGUUCAUUCGCCGCCUAUGAAUAUGCAACCACAUGUAAUACCACCUCCAAACCAUUCGCGUCCUCAUUCUCAUACACCUCCUCAUCAAUUCCAACCUCCUGUGCAAUCUAGACCGCCGCCACCUCAACCCAUUCCUCAGCAGCCACCUCAUCAACCUAAGGCCCAAAUGAACGGUGAAGCCAAAGUGCCGCCACCACGUCAACAGAGGGUAUACCAAAGCCAGCAAUAUCCACCUCCAGAAAUGAAACCAGAUAUACCAGCUCCACAUCAACCUAGACACAGGGAAGAUACAAUGAAAGACUUGCACCAGUUUUCGCAAGACUUUAAAUUGGCACCAAUGCCAACUGAACAACCUCCACCACAGAUGCAACCACCUCCGCCAGUGGUUGAGCAAGUGGUUCAACCUGUUCAACAAAUUCUUCCCAAUAAACCCCCGCAACAGCCAUCACCACCACAACCUCAGCAGUCCAUUAGUCCACAACAGGAAAAUUUGGACAAAGUUACAAAUACAUUAAAGAAGUCAACAUUGAAUCCUAACGCAAAAGAAUUUGUUUUGAAUCCUUCUGCUAAACCAUUUCAACCAAGGUCUCCAAGCACUCCAUCAGCUAGCAGGCCUCAUACUCCACAGACCCCAAGUCAUAGCCCGUACAUCCCAGCCACAGUUGGCGGGCCCGCUGUGCAGCCACCUAUGCAGGUUAUGAUGCCGUUGCACUACGUCAUGACCAGCCAGCCGCAGUAUCAACCGCCACCACAAGGCAAUAAAAUUAGACGUUUACCAAUGAGGACGGACAUGGCGUCGCAGAUGCAAGUAGCCGCAGCCACUGGACAACCGCUCUUAGCUCCGGCCCCCAUUCAACCCUUCAUUUAUCCACCGGCAAUGAACCAGGCUUAUCAGCCGAUGCAUAUGGUUAGAACUUACGAAACGUCUCCCCAAAUCCAGUAUAUUCCUCCAAAUCCACAUCCCUCUCAAACUCCUUCGCCUGCCCAACCGCCUCAGUAUAAUCCUGCGCAGGGUCCUCAGGCGCCACCUCAACAGUGUCAGGCAGCACCUCCUCCACCACAGAGUCAUCACCAGUUCCCUCUAAUGUAUCAUCCGAUUAUUCCCGCGCAGCCGCACAUGAUGCAGAGUAUGCAGUACUUGCCGCAAGCUCCGCCACCUCCUCAACCCCCGAUGCAGGUUUUGAUGCACCAACAUCCCGGCCAAGGCAACCCCCAUGGACCCAACCCUUAGCGCUAGCGGUGGUUGUUGUGUUAGGAGAAUUUAUAAUUAUUAGUGUAGACGCCGACUUCGUGCAAGUGUGUAACAUUCUGUAUCCUAAAUAUGUUAUCAAAACCUUACGUUAUUUUAAACUGUUGAAGGAAGUAUGUCGCGUCACGUAUUGGAGGUUUUCUUGGUUGAGUCAACUAAGGAUGGUAAAGAAUACUUUUUAUUUAAAAUUUGGAGAGAAAAAUUGUUUGAUGAUAGGGUUAUUUAUCGACGAUUAUUUUUUGGUUACUGUGUAACUGCAGGAAAACUUGAAAACAGAUUAUAAUAAAAGGAACCUUUUCAAGUAUAAUCUGAACAUUACAAUUUUCUAAUUCAACAAGUUAAGAUGGAUAUGAAAGUGAAGGGAGGUGAGUGUAAAAAGAGAAUUAUAGAAGAUGCUGUAAGUGAAAAGUGAUCUGUAGAAAUGGGUUAUAUAUUUUUAAAAAAUAUACUACAUUUAUAGAUAUGUAAAGCAUCUACACAUAAGCAACGG